GCGAGGCUGCGGGCCGCACUUCCGCCUCGGUGUCAGUGGGUCGCGGGCUGAGAGCUGCGGUUUUCUGGCCUUGGGCCGGGCUCGGCGGCAGCGGGGCUCGGCAGUGCAGGAGGCAGGGAUCUCGUCCAGAUCUCCAGUCAGCUGGAUUUUUAUGAAAAGAAAGAUCAUAGCUUAAAGUUGUUUCUGCUGCUGAAGCAGAUCAGAUACAAUGAUCCAAUAGAAGACCAAGCACUGGGGCAGCGACAGAGCCGCUGCUGAAGGAUGAAUGGGGAGGAAGAGUUCUUCGAUGCCGUCACAGGCUUUGAUUCUGAUAAUUCUUCUGGGGAAUUUUCAGAGGCGAAUCAGAAGAUCACUGGAAUGAUUGACUUGGACACCAGCAAAAGUACGAGGAGUGGGAAAAGUGGGGAGAGGCCCUCUCAGGAGAAUGGGAUUCAAAAGCACAGGACGGCACUGCCUGCUCCCAUGUUCAGCAGGAGUGACUUCAGUGUGUGGAGUAUCCUGAAAAAGUGCAUUGGCCUGGAGCUGUCCAAGAUCACGAUGCCGAUCGCCUUCAAUGAGCCCCUGAGUUUCCUGCAGCGGAUCACAGAGUACAUGGAGCACGUGUACCUCAUCCACAGAGCCUCCCGCCAGGUGCAGCCCCUGGAAAGGAUGCAGUCUGUAGCUGCCUUCGCUGUCUCCGCCGUGGCUUCCCAGUGGGAGAGGACUGGCAAACCCUUCAACCCGCUCUUGGGAGAGACGUACGAGCUGGUCAGGGAAGAUUUAGGAUUCAGAUUUAUUUCUGAACAGGUCAGUCACCACCCUCCUAUUAGUGCAUUUUAUUCAGAAGGUCUCAACCAAGACUUUGUGUUCCAUGGCUCCAUCUACCCGAAGCUGAAGUUCUGGGGCAAGAGCGUUGAGGCGGAGCCCCGAGGGACCAUCACCUUGGAGCUGCUCAAACACAAUGAAGCCUACACCUGGACCAACCCCACCUGCUGUGUGCACAACGUCAUCAUUGGGAAGCUGUGGAUAGAACAGUAUGGAGUGGUGGAGAUUUUAAACCACAGAACCGGUGAUAAGUGUGUGCUUAACUUCAAACCGUGCGGUCUGUUUGGAAAGGAGCUUCACAGGGUCGAAGGGCACAUCCAAGACAGAAACAAAAAGAAGCUCUUCAUAAUCUAUGGCAAGUGGACGGAGUGCUUGUGGGGCACAGACCCUGCGUCCUAUGAGUCCUUUAAGAAGCAGGAGAAGAGAGGCGACCACCUGAGGAAGGCCCGGCUGGAUGACGGCCCAGAAAAAGCUGACAGUGACGUGGCCGUUGACGUGGCUGAUGACAUACCUGUGGCUCAGGAGACGGUGCAGGUCAUUCCUGGAAGCAAACUGCUCUGGAGGAUCAAUAGCCGGCCCCCCAACUCUGCCCAGAUGUACAAUUUCACCAGCUUCACUGUGAGUCUCAACGAGCUAGACUCAGGCAUGGAGAAGACCCUGCCACCCACAGAUUGCCGCCUGCGCCCGGACAUCCGUGGCAUGGAGAAUGGCAACAUGGAUCUGGCCAGCCAGGAAAAGGAGCGGCUGGAGGAGAAGCAGAGAGAAGCCCGAAGGGAGCGUGCCAAAGAGGAGACGGAAUGGCAGACCAGGUGGUUCUACCCGGGUGACAACCCCUACACUGGGACUCCUGACUGGCUAUAUGCAGGGGAUUACUUCGAGCGGAAUUUUUCUGACUGCCCUGAUAUCUACUGAGGGCCUGGAGGUCCAGCCUGGAAGCCUGCAAGGUCGGACUCCACGAGCGGCCACUCUGAGCUCCCCCCUGGCAGAGCCCAGCAGUGCUUCUAACCAAGGUCACGGAGGCGCCACCACCCGAUCAAGUGCUUACUCCAGUUCACCUCUGACCGCCCAGCACUUCACUGUUGCCAUCCCUCCAAGAAGCACCACCCGACCCUCACGUCCACUAAGCCUUAGAAGGAAACCCUGCCCUGCCUUCGGUGUGACAGAGCUGGUGGGGCUGGCCAGGCUCGCAGGGCUCGAAGUUAGAGGCUCUGUAACUACAGGGAGAAGCAGGAGGGGCCGUGUGCUCCUCACAAGGCUGUGGCCUGUGGUUUCUGAAGGUGUUUCAAACCCAGACCAGGAAGGAAGGAAGGCGGAUCUUGAAAAGAACAGUCAGGCCAAGGAGUGCUUUCCAGAUCAUGGUGACGAGAAGAGGUCUCCAGAGCACCAAGGGAAUGAAGUGAAAAGCUGUCAGAUUCUGUAUUUUUUACCAAUCUUGAGUAAAGAUUACUUUUAAAAUAUUUAAGGUAAAACUACUUGGAUGGUAUUUGCCAGGAAACAUUAAUCACCAGUGUGUACUGUCCAAACAAGCUCCUGGGAAGAGCUGGGUGGCAGAAACGGAAAGACUCAGAUGAGACACACCCAAGGCUGCCUCACGGAGCCCUGCCUCUGGCCGUGGCACUCCCACUGUCCCCCGAGGCUCUGCUGUCCCCAUGGACCACACCCAUGUUCUCCGAGCUGGUCAUUUCUCCACUCACCUCGCCUGUGUCGUCUUGUGUUUCUGUUUUCCUGGCAUGCAUGUCCCACUGAGAGUCAUGUGGAGUUGUGUGCUGUGGGAGGUCAGAGCAGGAGCUGCAUAUCUGGCGUCAAUUAAAGUUGUUUAACCACAAGUA